AAGAGAGAGGCACCGCAAGGCCAGUAGUAAAGGAGCUUUUUGUGGGCGGCUCUGAGCCACACUGGGCCUACGCUAACACUUGCCCAAGAGAUCUAAGGGGGCCUGUCUGAUCUGGGGGAAGCCCCAUGGCUAGGGUCUCGGGCUCUUCUGGCUCUACUAAAGAGCCAUUUACCACCAGGUCCCUCUGGAGCGGAAGGGACUCCUCCUCGUCCAACAUGUCUCGACGCAGCCAGCGCCUGAAGCGCUAUUCCCAGGGGGAUGACGAUGGCGGGAGCAGCAGCAGUGGAGGAAGCUCCCUAGUAGGCAGUCAGCACUCCCUCUUUAAGGACAGUCCCAUCAGGACUCUGAAGAGGAAAUCCAGCAACGUGAAGCGGCUCUCUCCGGCCCCUCACCUGGGCACCUCCUCGAAUACCCACACCACCUACUACAGCGAAUCCAUGGUCAGCGAGUCAUACGUAGGGGGUCCCCGGUCAUCCCCCUUGGCUCGAAGCUCCAUCCUCCAUGACCAUCAGCAGGACAGUGAUCUCUACUGGAACGAGGACCUGCUAGUGAGAAGAAGAAGAGACACGGGCGGUACGGAAAGCAGUAAGAUCAACGGGCUGACGGAGAACAAAGUGACGUAUGACACUUACGGCUCUUCCUCCGGCUACUCUUCCGAAGAUGACUACGCGGGACACCUGGACGAGGACCAGUACAGUUCUGGAUCACGGUUAAAGAAAGCUGCCUCGCGAGCAGGUUCGUUCCUUUGGAUGGUGGUUACUUCUCCAGGUCAACUCUUUGGACUCUGCUAUUGGUGGAUCGGCACCACCUGGUACCGCCUGACCACAAAUGCGUCCCUCCUGGAUGUCUUUGUCUUAACCAGGCGUUUUCCAUCCCUGAAGAAACUUCUCCUGCUCCUUCUGAUGCUCCUCCUCCUGGCCUCCCUUGCUUACGGUGCUUGGUAUUUCUACCCCUACGGGCUGCAGACGCUCUAUCCGGCUGUGUUAUCCUGGUGGGCAGGAAGAGCCUCUGUGGACAGCAGCAAGAGAGACGUGAUGUGGGAAUCUGGACGUCCCACCGCACGCAUCCAGGACGAGCAGCUCGUCCUGUCUCAAGUGCACGGCUUGGAGCGGCGGCUGGAAGCCCUGGCGGCCGAAUUCUCCUCCCACUGGCAGAAGGAAGCGCUCCGACUGGAGCGGCUGGAGCUGUGGCAAGGGGCGGCGACGGCGGCCGGGGGCGGCGGCGGCGGCGGGGACGGCCUGAGCCACGAGGCCACCCUGACGCUCCUGGAGGGGCUGGUGAGCCGGCGGGAAGCCGUGCUGCGGGAGGACUUCCGCGUGGGCCUCGCCAAUCGUAUCCAGGACGAGCUGGCCACCCUGAGGGCCGAGCAGCGCCGAGAUAUGGAUGAGAUCCUCAAGAAGAUGGCUCGAGCAUCGCACGAGACCGAGGCGCGGAUGGUGCAGCUGAAGUCAGAGUGGCAGAGUUCAACCCAAGAAGCCCUGCGGGCGAGCAUGCUACAGGAGUUGGGGAGGCUGGAGGGGCAGUUGGCCGACCUGAGGCAAGAGCUGGCCACCCUGACCCUGAAGCAGGCCACUGUGGCAGAGCAAGUGGAGGGGUUUCCCCAGAAGAUCCAGGCCGUGCAGGAUGAGGUGGAGAGUCAGUUCCCCGGCUGGAUCAGCCGAUUCCUCCUGCGCGACGAGGCCGUCGGGACCAAGCUCCUUCAGCGAGAGGAGCUGCACGAUCAGCUGCAGAAGCUGGAGCACAAGAUCCUCGCCCACCUGGCCCAGGAGCGGGGGAAGUCGGCACAGGAGGCCGCGGCCGGCCUGGGGGUGGUCCUGCGGAAGGAAGGGGUGACGGGAGUGACGGAGGAGCAAGUCCACCACAUUGUGAGCCAGGCCCUGAAGCGCUAUAGUGAAGACCAAAUCGGGCUUGUGGACUACGCCCUCGAGUCAGGAGGGGCCAGCGUCAUCAACACCCGCUGCUCGGAGACCUAUGAGACCAAGACGGCCCUCCUCAGCCUGUUUGGCAUUCCCUUGUGGUACCAUUCUCAGUCCCCCCGGACCAUCCUUCACCCGGACGUGUACCCGGGAAACUGCUGGGCGUUCCGGGGGCCGCAAGGCUUUGCCGUGGUGCGUCUGUCGGCCCGCAUCCGCCCCACAGCCGUCACCCUGGAGCACGUGUCCAAAUCCCUGCUGCCCAGCAGCACCCUCCUCAGCGCCCCCAAGGACUUCGUCAUCUUGGGCCUGGAUGAAGAAACGCAACAGGAGGGGACACCCAUGGGGAGGUUCACCUACGAUCGGCACGGAGACCCCAUCCAGACAUUCCAGCUGGAGGACACCCAGUCGACCACGUACCAGGUGGUGGAGCUCCGCAUCCUGAGCAACUGGGGACACCCAGAAUACACCUGCAUCUAUCGCUUCCGUGUGCACGGGGAGCCCCAGGCAUAGCCCCGCUCCCCUGGCUGCUACCUCAGGGUCUGACUCGCUGGCCCGGGGGGGCAGUUCCCUCCUGGCCAGCUGUGCGCCCGCCCCCCUCCCCCCUCCCGCCCCCCAAGGCACGUAUAACCUACCAGCUCGCCAUCACAUCCCUUUACGCUUGAUAUCUUGUAGGUGCUGCGGCUUCUGGGUGGGAGGGAGGAGUGGGCUUCAGCCACAGUGGGAGAGGGGGAAAUGUGGAAACAGUUCUGUGUGUUCUCCCCUCCCUAGCUGAUCUCCUCCUCCUCCUCCUGCUGUCAGAGCUCAGGGCUCCCUGGCGGGUGGUCUGCCCCUCCGGAAGGGUGUAUAUAUGUAUUAUAAUUGUGGGGGGCAGAUAAAAUAUUUAUUGCACUCUACAAUGGCCAAGUGGAACCUGAUUGGUGACUCCAGCUUGCCUGGCUCAAGUCACAGGGGAGGGGUGGGGUGGUGCAGGGCCCAGUUCCACUGGGACGGGGGAGCAGGGGCGUGAGAUUAGGGAAACGGGAACCCUGGGCCGAGCUCUGCUGUAGGGAUCGGGAUGCCCUCCCGUACCCACGUUUUCCCACAGAGAGGCCCAGACGGGAACCUCGGUAAGGUGCCUCACAUCUAAUGGGGUUGGGGAUGCGGGGGCGCGCUGCCCACCCCUGAGGCACCCGCUCUUAUUAGUCACUAGUCUUCAUUCUGGAAUGCUUAGCUCUAGGCUGCGCUAGGGCUGGAUUUAUACACUGUAUUUCCCCCACGUGUAAAUGAGACUGGGGUGGCUCCUUGCCCUCCCGACCCACCCCACCUCCAGCCAGAGGGGGUGAUGUGUGUCAGUCUGUAAGUAGAAGAGGGGCCGGCCGCCUGCUUGCCGGGGGAGUGGGGAUGCAGUAUUAGACGGGCCUCCCCGGCCCACUGUUAGAGAACCCUCACUGGGUCUGGAUUGAAGUCCCAGACUCCCGGCUCCCCCCGGGGGGCCCGUACUCACCCCGACGCCAUCGCCCCGUCUCGGCCCCCGGGAAGGGUGGGCCCCAUCUCUCGGCAGCCCCCACCAGGACUCCGGCAUGUCGCUGGCUUAUCUGCACACGGGAGGGACCCUUAGACUGCGUUGGGAAAAGACAGGGUUGUGGGGGAGGGAGGGUGGGAUGGUAACUCUUCGGCCCUGAGGGUCUGACUUCUGUAUAUAUGGUUUUCAAAGUUGGUUGUUUUUUUUAACCCGGGAGGAAAAAGAAAAAAAAGGCUAAGGGCUUAAUCCCUAGCCUUUUCCUGUGGUCUCCAUCUGGCAUCCUGCCACCUGUCACCCUUCCAUCACCUUCGUCUUUGGGCCGGGGUCUGGGCGGGAGGGUCAGGUGCUCCCGGCCCAAGGGGCUCCGAAGACACCUCGUUUGGCUCCCUGACCACUCGGCCCUUGGCUGCAAAUAGGCGGGAAGGGUGGACGCUUAGCCCGGCUUCGCUCCCCGGAGGGCUACGUGGUCUUCCUCGCUCUCCUACCCCUUCCCCAGCUCUGUCCCCCCAACCUCCCUUCAACCUCCGGCCACUGGCACGGCAGACGGGAGCCAGGUGGGAGGGAGACAGGCAUGGAGAACUGCAAUACUGCACUGUCUUGUUCUUUUAUUUUUUAAACCUACAGAUUGUUAUUUAUGCCUAUGCAAAAAAAAAACAAAAAACCCAACUCCAA